GUCAAACCUGUGUCAAUUCGACACCCAGUUAUCUUCGCAUAACAUAGAAAGAGCACGGACUACCUAUUGUGGAAUAAUUCACUGCAUCAAUCGGAAACCGGACUAUUGCACUCGUCGACAGUGUCGCGUGCUUCGAUUGCUCCCCUUCUCCCACGAGACGACUGGUCGUGUGACCUCGCCACCGCCUAGUCUUUGUCUCAAAUUCCAUCUUUAGUUCUGCCCUAUACGGACCUCUGUCUUUUCCAAGAAUUUCAAACUCCUUCCUUGGCUCUUCAGAGGUGGCUUGCAGUCUAGACCCAAGUUUGUAGGUGUUUGUCAAAGCAAAUUCACCCCGAGCACUCCUGUGUCCCCCAGCAAUAAUGGCCCCUCACGCCGAAUCUCCGCCUCUACCAGAGAGCUCAUGGGCAGAAAAUGGUCCCGCAUAUCUGCCAUCGGAGCACACGGAAGCGGUCAAGCCCAAUAUUCUCUAUAUCAUGGCCGAUCAGUUGGCUGCACCACUCCUUCGGAUGCAUGAUGCAAAGUCACCCAUUAUUACCCCCCACCUCGACUCCCUCGCAGAGUCGGGUGUUGUCUUCGACAGCGCGUACUGCAACUCUCCGCUCUGCGCGCCGUCACGGUUCUGCAUGGUCACAGGCCAGUUGCCUUCCAAGAUCGGCGCUUACGACAACGCUUCCUUCCUACCCUCAGAUGUCCCCACCUUCGCCCACAUGCUCCGUGGCGAGGGGUACGAGACAACCCUAGCUGGAAAGAUGCACUUCAUCGGCCCAGAUCAGUUGCAUGGCUUUGAAAAUCGGCUCACACCAGACAUCUAUCCGGCCGAUUUCGGCUGGGCAGUGAAUUGGGAUAACCCGGAGGAGCGCCUUGAAUGGUACCACAAUAUGAGCUCCGUCUAUCAAGCAGGACCGUGCGUUCGAAGCAACCAACUGGACUAUGACGAGGAAGUGAUGCAUAAGUCCACGCAGUAUCUAUACGACUAUGUUCGUCAGGGAAAGUCACAAAGGCCGUUCUCUCUGACGGUCUCUCUCACUCAUCCUCAUGAUCCAUACGCAAUAUCCAAGGAUCUGUGGGAUCUUUACGAAGACGUUGACAUUCCGAUGCCGGAGGUUGUCAUACCCCAGGACCAGCAAGACCCCCACAGCACUCGUCUGCUCAAGUGCAUUGAUGCCUGGGACAACGACAUUCCGGAAGAGGCGGUCAAGCGGGCUCGACGAGCGUAUUACGCCGCAUGCACCUACGUCGACAACCAGAUCGGCAAGCUUCUCCGCAUCUUAAAAGAGUGCAGCCUCGACAAGAACACCGUGGUUAUCUUUUCCGGUGAUCACGGCGACAUGCUCGGCGAGCGAGGGCUGUGGUACAAGAUGAACUGGUUCGAAAUGAGCUCCCGCGUUCCCUUGGUCAUCAACUACCCGCCCCGCUUCAACCAUCGCCGAGUGAAGGAAUCGGUCAGCACCCUGGACUUGCCGUUCACGCUACUGGAACUCGUGGCUGGCCCGAAAGCAGUCCAGAAGUGGGCAGCCCUGUCUCCCAUAGACGGCCGGAGCAUAUACCCUGCGCUCGUGGGUCGACCGGUGGCCGAUGAGGUGAUCGGAGAGUAUAUGGGCGAGGGUGCCAUCACUCCCGUCGUGAUGAUCCGCCGCGGGAAGUGGAAGUACGUGGCCUCCCUCAUCGACCCUCCGCAACUCUACAACCUUGCCGACGACCCGCACGAGUUGACCAACUUCGCGAACGCCGCGAACACCACCGUGGAGAGUAAGACCGUGGCCGCGAGCUUCGAGGAGGAAGUUCGAUCACGCUGGGAUCUGCCAAAGGUCCACCAACGCGUCCUCCUGAAGCAGCGGGAACGCAGACUGAUCUGGAAUGCACUGAGGAAAGGCAAAUUCCAGUCUUGGGACUUCGAGGGGGAAGGCGGGGGGCAGCAACAGUAUAUCCGUUCCAAUAUCCCUCUCGACGACCUAGAACUCCGUGCCCGGUAUCCGCCAGUGGAUGAUAAAGGCAAGACUCUCAUCGUGGCCGUCCCGCAUGGGCAGGCCGGGGCCCAGAAUGAGUAACGCUCUACGAUUGUUGACUCCUUCCAUGGGAUGUCCGCCAUGAGAGGUUGCUUCUCUUACCUACGUCUAUCUUUUGCCGAACUUCGGUACCCA